GCGUCUCUCUGUUUCUCCAUCGCAGGCUCUCUCAUCUUUGCUCUAAUACGCAUAGCAGAACACAAGACUAGACUUUUUCUUUUCAGAUGGCCGAGCAGCUCACGGAGGAGCAGAUCGCAGAGUUCAAGGAAGCCUUCAGUCUCUUCGACAAGGACGGCGAUGGCUGUAUUACUACCAAAGAGUUGGGGACAGUCAUGAGAUCUUUGGGCCAAAAUCCCACCGAAGCUGAACUGCAGGAUAUGAUCAAUGAAGUUGAUGCUGAUCAAAAUGGCACUAUUGAUUUCUCUGAGUUUCUGAAUUUGAUGGCACGGAAAAUGAAGGUGAGCUCAAUUCAAUGUCAAUCAAUAUCAUACUGCUUAUUUUACAGAGCACUUGACUAUUACUUUAUUGAGCUAGCUAAUUAAUUUGUUUUCCCUUGCUGUCAUAUAAGGCUUCUGUGCUAAACUUAUUAUUGAUCUCUUUCCAAUCAAUGCGCUGCAUUUUCAUCUUUUUUAUUGUGUCGGCAAUUUGAUGGCUGGUUAGUGAUGACUGAUAAUUUACAUUAUAACUAUCUCGUUAAAAAAUUGGGAAUGGAAAUCUAGAUGCUAUACUUGCAUUUUGUCCAGACUUGGUUGAACUUAACUAAUGCUGUAGUUGUUAUACUCCAUUGUUUUGAUUCACAAUUAAUGGCAACUACCGUUUAUUAUCUACUCAAUCCGGCUUUCAAUUUUAACUGUUUCUUUCUUGUGCUAAAUAUGUGUGGAGCUAUAGAAUGCAUAAUAUACUUUUGAGGCAUGAUUUCUCCGGGUGGGGGUGUUCUCUAGUCCAUAUGCUUUUCCUUAUUGAAAUUCGCCCAAUGACCCCAAAUAACCCCUAGAGGUAAAUAGAUGUUUUCUCAACAAUC